AUGGAUAUGAAGUGCAAGUUCCUCGAAAGGUUCUUUCCCACAUCUCGGGCUGCUAAUUUACGAAAAGAGAUUUAUGGCAUCAAACAAGCAUCAGGGGAGUCUUUAUAUGAGUAUUGGGAUAGAUUUAACAAGUUAAUUGCUAGAUGUCUGCAACAUCAGAUUUCUGAGCAACUUCUGAUUCAAUAUUUCUAUGAAGGACUAACUUCUAUUGGCAGGAGGAUAAUCGAUGCUACCAGUGGAGGAGAUCUCAUGAAGAAGACUGCGGUAGAAGCUUGGGAAUUGUUGAACGAUAUGGCUAUGAACUCUCAACAAUUUGGGCCAAGGGAUGUCAUGGGAUUGAAAGAAGUUGCCGAGGAUUUGCACAAUGAAGGGCUUAUGGUCCCUAUUCAAAGACAUACAAUCCAGGAUGGCGAGACAACCCCAAUUUUCGAUAAUGGAAUCAGAAUCAGCAAUCCUUUGGACAAUAGCAACCACCGGGUUUUCAACCAUAUACACAGCAUCAACCACAAAGGACCAUGUCCCAAGCUCAUGUUCCUGCAAGAGACGAGAUUGAGUAUUAAAAAUUUGGAAGAUCAAAUGUCUCAAGUUGUGAAAGAGGUACGGGAUAUGAAAGAGAGGGAGAAAGGCAAGCUACUGGCUCAAACCCACAUGAACCCGAGCAAUGUUAGUUCAAUGGUCUUGCGAAGUGGUAAGGAGCUUGAAGGUCCGAAGGUUGUUGCACAAAAAGAGAAAGCUGAAGAGGAGAUUGAGAAUGAGAUUAAGCAAGAAGCGAACAAGUCAACUGAUCAGGUGAAUUCUAAACCUCCUAUUCAAUCUAAUUCUAAUGUUGCUUCAUUUUCUCACAGAUUAGUGAAACCAGCUAAAAGCGAUAAAGACAAGGAGAUCAUGGAGAUGUUUAAGAAGGUGGAGCUAACAAUUCCUUUGCUCGAUGCAAUUAAGCAAGUCCUCUGUUAUGCAAAAUUCCUGAAGGAGUUGUGUAUUAAGAAGUAG